AGGACCCAAACCACUCCCAUAGGGUUUCUCUUUCUCCUUCAUUCUUUGCACACUGCACGUUCUUUCCACACUUUCUCUUGCUUCCAGAAAUUUUCUCUCAUCUCGAUUCAGUCCUGCUAUCAGACGUUUCAUCUUUCUUCACUACGGCACUAGAAAAAGAAAACUUGAAGGGAGCUGCGGUGCAAGGAAGCCACUGCACCAUUCAGGACCAGUGGAUAUUGGCAAGUGUGGCGCGGCCAAAUAACCCCAAUCGUGCCACUGAAGAUCCAGCCGGACACUCUUUCAGCGGCUAAUUUGUGUAUUUCGCGCUGCACUGGAGCAAAAACCUGCUCCCUAACGGUAAUUGCAGCAGACUCUUCAGGAAAGAGAACACAUCGAUUUUUAUCUUCUCUGUUUAAAAAUCUCUCUUUCAAGCAUUUUUCCAAACAAGUCAUCUUCAGAAAAAAGAAUUGUUUUUUUCUUUUUGUUUUUUACAAAAACAACCGGCGAUUCUUGUUGGAAAAAAACCACUUCUAAGAAAAAUUAUAAAUUUAUCCAUCAAAAGAACACCCUCCAAAAGAGGUUUUUUUUUUUUUUUUUGGUUUUGUCUUCUGGGUUUUCAGUAAAGAAAAUUUGUAAGCAAAGAGAUUAAAAAAGCCAGAUGUUAAAACGGCGGCGGUUUUACCGUUGGAUUGAUCAAACCUCAAAACAAUGGUGUUUUGAUGUAGCAAAGGAUAAGAGGAUGGAUACUUUAAUUGAUAUAUAUAAAGGGAGGUAGUUAUAUUAUUAGUGUUGUUAUUUGAUGGCGAAGGUGGUUUUGGGGGUUGCAGUAGGGGUGGCGGUGGCCGCGUGUGCGGUGGCGGCUUUAGUGGUAGGGAGGAGGGUAAGGACUAGGAGGAAGUGGAAGAGAGUAGUUGGAGUUUUGAAAGAGUUGGAAGAAAGUUGUGAGACCACAGUUGGGCGGCUAAGGCAAGUAGUGGAUGCUAUGGCUGUUGAGAUGCAUGCUGGUUUAGCUUCUGAGGGAGGGUCCAAGCUCAAAAUGUUACUCACUUUUGUUGAUAAUCUCCCUUCUGGUUUUCCAAUUUUAGGACAGUAUUCCAUGAUAGUUGGUGUUCCCCCCGUAUGUUAUUUUGGGAUGGUAUUUGAGUUUUUGUCUUGUUGCAACUUGGCCGCACUUUCUGUGAGUUGUUCCUGCAUUCUGCCCUGGAGUGAGAAAGGAACUUUUUAUGGUCUAGAUCUUGGAGGUACUAAUUUUAGGGUCUUACGGGUUGAACUAGGAGGUCAAAGAUCCUCUUUUGAUCGAGAUGUAGCACAACAAGCCAUUCCCCCGCGGUUGAUGACUGGUAGAAGUGAGGAUCUUUUUGAUUUUAUAGCUUCAUCAUUACAGCAUCUUGUUGAAAAAGGAAAUGAUUCUGAGCAAUCUCCAAUUAUAAAAGAACUUGGAUUUACAUUCUCUUUUCCUGUGAAACAAACAUCUGUUUCGUCGGGGAUUUUAAUCAAGUGGACAAAAGGAUUUGCAAUCACAGACAUGGUUGGAAAAGAGGUUGCUGGAGUUUUACAACAAACACUGGCUAGGAAAGGUCUAAAUAUGCAAGUUGCUGUGCUGGUGAACAAUACAGUUGGAACAUUAGCGCUUGGACAUUAUCAUGAUGCAGACACUGUUGCUGCAGUGAUAAUUGGAACAGGUACAAAUGCCUGCUAUUGGGAGCGGACGGAUGCUAUCAUCAAGUGCCAAGGACUUCUUACAACUUCUGGAGGCAUGGUUGUCAACAUGGAAUGGGGUAAUUUUUGGUCAUCUCAUAUGCCAAGAACUUCGUAUGAUAUUGAAUUAGAUGCUGAGAGUCCAAAUCCCAAUGACCAGGGUUUUGAGAAAAUGAUAUCAGGCAUGUAUCUUGGUGACAUUGUUAGGAGAGUCAUUCUAAGGAUGUCACAGGAGUCCGAUGUUUUCGGACCUGUUUUUUCCAGUUUAUCAGUGCCCUUUGCCUUAGGGUAUGCAUCUAUGACGCCUUUAAUGGCUGCAAUGCAUGAAGAUGACUCCCCUGAGUUGACAAAAGUGGCGAGAAUCUUAAAAGAUGAUCUCAAGAUUCCAGAUCUUCCCUUGAAGGCAAGGAAGCUUGUUGUGAAGGUAUGUGAUGUGGUAGCCCGGAGGGCUGCUAGAUUGGCAGCCGCUGGUAUCGUUGGGAUCUUGAAGAAGAUCGGCCGGGAUGGAAGCGGUUGCAUCAGGGUGGGAAGAACUAGAAGCGAUACCAAGAUGAGAAGAACGGUUGUGGCAAUUGAGGGAAGUUUAUACACACAAUACACAAUGUUCAGGGAGUACUUGCAUGAAGCCUUGCAUGAAAUACUGGGAGAAGAUAUCGCGCAGCAUGUAAUUCUUAAGGUCACGGAAGAUGGAUCAGGGACCGGAGCAGCUCUCCUUGCUGCCUCACAUUCAUCCAAAAGUGUUGAUAAUGUACAGCUGCUAUAAAUAUAUAUUACUGAAUAUGCAUGUAGCCCCUGUAAAUGUAGAAUUCAAUUCCAUAUCUUCCAUAUUUAAAAGAAAGGUUUGUUCA